CACGUUGCAAUUUAUGGUUAUUUCGAAAAAGAAAAAAAAAUCUUUUGAAUUCUUUUGUUUCUUUUAUAUUUUUUUACAUGAUGCCUGGUCGACCUCGUAUAUUACUACCACAUCAAAAGCUACUGUUGGCUUUAUACCCCGUAACCGUCUUCUUAUCGUUUCUGUAUUCCGUCCUUGCCAAACCAGGCCCCAGCUAUUUCAGCAACAAACGGAAUAUCCUCAACGUAGGCUUCGUCAAGAUUGGAUGGUUUUGGGUUACCGUGGUCUAUUUUGCCUAUCUAUUGCUUGUCCUGUCCAAGCGCUUGCAGGAUAAGCAACGUUUAAUGCAAGGUUGUCUUCGCUAUGCCGUGGCCACCGUUUACUGGUACAUUCUGACGCAAUGGUUAUUGGGCCCGAGCUUCAUCGAUCGUGUGUUUGUGGCCACCGGAGGCAAAUGUUCGGCGAUUGCUGAAGAAGCAGACAUUAGUGUUUUUGAAAACGUAUUUCAGCAAACCGCAUGUCGCAAACUGGGCGGUCAAUGGGGCGGUGGUCAUGAUGUGUCGGGUCAUUGCGUCAUGCUGAUCCAUGCUAGUCUGUUUUUGCUCGAAGAAGUACGCUGGCUGUUUUACGAUGCACGACCGCUGUCCACCUUGAAACAACGAGAUCCCACCGCUUGGAAAGCCGUCGUAGGGGUAUUGGGUCUGGUAGCCUUGUGGUGGUGGAUGCUCAUCAUGACCGGUGUAUAUUUCCAUGGUCAUUUUGAACUCCUGUCAGGCUGUUUCUUUGGUCUUCUCGGCUGGGCCGUGUUGUAUCUCGGUGUCUUUCCUCGUAUUCCCGCCAUGGAUCGUCCUCCCAACAUGUUUUAGACAUAGGACCCCUAUCAACUUUUUUUUCUUGCGCUAAUGUGAUUGUACAGUAAAACUCGCCCCUCUACUACUUAUACAUAUAUUAAAUCACUCACUCACUCACACACACACACACACACACCAAUAUUUACUCUUUUUCAACAAAUCAUCCUUUGGGCUGCGGAUGAGUGUACGCAUAGGAUGAA